AUGAACCAACUCGCCUCUUUGUUAUUUCUCGCUUCGGCCCUUUCCGGUAAUGCGUUCGCGUCAGCUAAAGGCCCCCCAUCAAACACGGGUCUAUUACAGAUGGUCACCUAUGUUAAGCGUCAUCCCAACAUGACCCUCGACGAAUUCCGGCAGUAUUGGGAUACCCAACAUGCUCCGAAGGUGAUCCCUCUGGCAACCCACUUUGGUAUCGCUCGAUACCAACAGGUCCGAGUCGCAGGAAAGAUCGUCCCUACCAAUGCUGGCGCAACUGAACCAGUAUCUAAUGAGCUAGUGGACUUUGAUGGGAUUGCCAUGUUCCUUUACGAGUCAUCUGAUGUCUUGACUGAUAUGCUCUCUCAUCCUUACUACGUCAAAGUCGUUGAACCAGAUGAGCAUGUCUUCAUUGACAAGUCAGCUCAUGGAAAUGGCAUGGUGGCUACCUACAUCGGCGAGCAUAUCGAUGCAGUGGAUGAUGCGAAGAGUGUUUGGAAGGGGGAUAACAAGAUACUUUCAAAGUACCAGAAGAUGUUCAAGAAAUAUUGA